AUGCCAACACUCGGACCGUCGAUCCUGUUCAUCGCAGGACUGACGCUCGGCGUCGGCGCCGGUGCGCUCUUCCCGCGCAAGAAGGAGCAGCAGGUGCCCGUCCCCGUCCCCGUCCCCGCCCAGUCUCUACCCGGCAACGUCCCCUUCCCGGUCCCCGUUGAGCGCCCCGGUGCCGGACACGAGGAGAAGCGCCUCGUCGUCCCCCUCGCUGGCAGCACCGUCACGCUCGCUGGUGGUUUCCCCGGCCCUCACUUCGAUAUCAUCCGCCGCCAGGCCUACAUGGCCGCCUACGACCGCCGUCUCCGCCACCCCGCCUGGACCGCCGAGCACCUCACUGCCAAGAGCCUCUCGCGCCCGCCGCCCAACUUCCACGGCGGCCCGCCCGUGCCCGCCGACAAGGCCCGUGCGGCCGACACCGCUGGACCCAAGGCCGACCGCCAGAAGUCCCAGUUCCAGGAGGACAUGUCUGUCCCCGAGAUGUUCCGUGCUAAGCUUUCUGACUACUUCCGCUCUGGUUAUGACCGUGGACACAUGGUUCCUGCCGCCGAUGCCAAGAUCUCGCAGGACGCCAUGGACGAGACUUUCUUCCUGACCAACAUUGCUCCUCAGGUCGGCGAGGGCUUCAACCGUCACUACUGGGCCUACGUUGAGGACUUCUGUCGCCGCCUAACCUCCAACUUCGAGGACGUCUACGUGUUCACGAUCCCUCUCUACCUCCCCGAGCAGGGAAAGGACGGCAAGUGGCGCGUCUCGUACGAGGUGAUCGGCAACCCUCCCAGUGUGGCCGUGCCAACGCACUUUGCCAAGGUUGUCCUCGCCUCGCGUCCGGACUUUAGCUACCCCCAGACGCCGAACAAGCACGACAAGUCGGUCACCUCUCCCGAGACCGUGAAGGAGCUCGCAAUGGGCGCCUUCAUUCUCCCCAACAAGGAGAUCCCCGACGGCGCCGACCUGCGCACCUUCAUCGCCCCCGUCGACAAGGUCGAGAAGGCCGCUGGUCUCCAGCUCUUCAACGACGAGCUCAAGGGCAAGUCGCGCCAGCUCUGUGCCGUCACGCAGUGCGAUGUCAUUGUCCGCCGCUUCGAUGACGCGAGGAAGAACUUCAACAACAAGAAGAACUAG